GUAAUCUGAAGGCCGACGCGGCGGCGCGGGCCGCGGCUCACCACGGGCCUGCGGCACCUCUCAAGAUCCCUCUCACCCAGUCGGCUCUGGCGCGUGCCGUGCAUAAAUGGCUUAUGGUCUCAGCUACUGAAGCAUAUGAGAAGGACGUGCGGUCCCUCGGACGGUCCCUCCAGUAUUUCGUACCUACGAUGUCUGCCCUUAGGGCUCUAUGUGUCAUCAAUGGCG